CCAUGAACCCAACUCUCUUGAUUUUGCAAACAGUGGCCAUGGCAAUGUUGAUCCACCGCACACUAUCCAGCAGAGCCCUUCACCUCCGCUUCUUCUCCCAAGCAGCUCUCGCGCUCGACAAAUCACCAUCACCAUCACCAUCACCAUCUUCUCCAUUUCCAUUGACCUACCUCGAAGGCUUCCCCAAACCCGACCCUAGAUAUGCCGAGACUAUACUAGCCAUACCACGCGCCACCUCCGGAAAAAGCAUCGCUGCCAAAGAAAGAAAAGUGGGCAGACUCCCUAGCAUCAUUUUCGAGCAAGAAGAUGGGCAACAUGGAGGCAACAAGAGGCUCAUUUCUGUUCAGAUCAAUCAGAUCAGAAAAUUGGUUAAACAUCUAGGCCAAUCUUUUUUCCUUUCUAGGCUUUUCGAUCUUGAGGUUCGCUCAGAGUUUGGGACUGGUGAUUUGGCUGAGAAAGUUCGGGUUCUCCCCAGGAAGCUUCAUUUGCAUGCGGGGACUGAUGCACCUCUUAAUUUGACCUUCAUAAGGGCGCCUUCCCAUGCUUUGUUGAAGGUGGAUGUUCCUCUUGUGUUCAUAGGAGAAGAUGUAUCCCCUGGACUCAGGAAAGGGUCAUACUUGAAUAUUAUCAAGAAGACUGUUAAGUUCCGAUGCCCAGCAGAUAUUGUUCCUCCAUAUAUUGAUGUUGAUUUAAGUGAGUUGGAUGUUGGCCAGAAGUUGGUAAUGGGAGACCUCAAGGUUCAUCCAGCUUUAAAGCUUAUUCAGUCAAAAGAUGAGCCUGUUGUUAAGAUUAUGGGAGCUAGAGUUUCAGACCAACAGAGGAAGAAAUAAAGACUUUGGUUCAGAUUUUGGACGUAGCAGUAACAACAUUUACCUCAACUUUUUGAUUGGUGCUUUUGUCAGCUAACUCAUAUGCGCUCACUUCUCAUUGUUCAUGACUUUUGUACUUUUGGGAUGCCAGUGGAGGAGACAAGCAUGCAGUGCUAGAGUGACUUCUUUACUCCAUUUCUCUCUCCUCUUCCUUCCUUUGGGUGGAUUGAAAAUCAAUCAUGAUGUUUGGGGACAAAUCUCGAGGGGAUUCAAAUAUCCCAAUAAGUGAAUUCUUUUACUUUUUUUACUUUGAUUUUGCUGCUGUUAUUGCAUUGACUGAGAUAUCCUUUACAAUUGGACCGUAGUUCUUAGAAUAGGUAUUUAGAAUUACAUAUGUAUGGUUUAUGAAAUCUGUUCCAUAAGGAUCUUUGAAUGGGUUUUAACAAUAAUCAAGAACGGUGUUAUAAA